CUACAGCGACAUGGCUCCGUGGUUGCUAGAGCAGAUCUUCUUGGUGUCCAAGCCAAAAAACUGAAGGUACACAUAGCCGCGAUAGGGAGAGAGUUUUUUGGAGUCUCGCAUUUAUCUCUCUUUCUGUCUGUCAGUCACCUCUUUAUUGAGACGAUUGAUGCCAAGGCCACACCCCAGCCCAUGUGCGUAGGCAUGCACCCCCACUCGCAGGUGGAAGGUGUCGUCUCCCUCCCAGUCGUGUCUCCGCUUCUUCUUGUUGUUCUCGUUGAGCACCACCUGCAGCUCAGCCAGACCACACCACACAAACACACACAACAGAUACACGUGUGCUCGCAACACACACACACAGACGCUGGCCUGGAUGGAUGGAUGGAUGCAUGGUCACCUACCUUUGCCGGCUGUCUUUGCGUUGACGUGUCUUUUCGUGGGGUCGUCUUUGCGGAACGAGCAGCUGGUAAACCUCAUGAUGUCCCUGACCUUCUCGCGGUACUGAUGCGCCUUGUGCAGGACGCCCCUCACCUCCUCGAGCAGCGGCAGCUCGACGUACACCGCCAGGGCCGUGCCCUCAUGCCAGUCGUGCUCGGGGCCUGUUGCCGGCCCCUUCAUGCCUCCCGCUGGGUGCUCCGCGGUAUUAUUCUCCCCGCCGAUCUUCUUGUUGCAUCGCGUGUCGAAGAUCUUGGUCAGCUCGAUGAAGUGAGCCGGAUCGAAUCUGUCGAAGAGGCGACCCUUGUACACGCAGUUCUUGUCCUUGUCAUAGCGGCGCUCCUCGAACAAACGCGACUCGUUGUCAGGGAAUAUGUAUGACUUGCCGUCUUUGGGGGAAUCGAAACGGUCAUCGUGUGUCAU